GAGUUUCCGCAGUGACGGCGUCACUCUGGUUCAGCGUCUCAGACCUUGUGGUGCCCUUAAACUUGAAGUCCUAACAACUGUACCGUCAUGGCAUCUCAAGUGCCAGGGCUUUCAGCUCUUUCCAAAUCGGGGUUAAUACCGGGUUUCAAGGUUUCUAAAGAUCAGCUGACCACCAUCGUUCCUGUUGCAGUGGCUGCGGCUCUGAGCACCUACCUGCUGACGCGCUACUUCAGUUCACAGAGCAGUCCCAAGAGCAGAGUCAACAUGUCAAUCAACAAAGACAGCCCGAAAGUAGUGCACAGUUUUGACAUGGAGGACAUUGGCAACAAGGCCGUCUACUGCCGCUGCUGGAGGUCCAAGAAGUUUCCCUACUGCGACGGCAUGCACACCAAACACAAUGAGGAAACGGGUGAUAAUGUUGGACCGCUGAUCAUUAAGAAGAAAAACCCUUAAAUAUUCUGUGUGUGUGUGUGAGGAUUUCAUGUCACAAUUACUGUAAUUCUCAAUGUUAAUGCAUCUCAUUCACAUGAGAACUUCCUGUAGCACUGCAGACAUGCAUCAGCAAACAUACUGUAAACUUGUGUGGUUUUACACUUGGUCUUCCUCUCCACCUCUAACACAACCCAUAUAAUUUAAAUGUGCUUGUACUCGAAUAUAACUUUGCACUACAGCGCAGAUGAAUGUGGCUGAGAGGUGGAUGAGAGGGUCAGAACUAUUAUGCACAGUUUAAUGAACUUUUCAGUGAUUAUGACUUGAACAUGUAGUUUAUACCAUUCUCUGUUCCAUUUUCAAGACCGCAUGUAAGUAUAUUUUCCAUCAUGAUCUGUAAGAAGGCCAUGUGAAUUUUGCUGUAUGAUGAAGAUGUGCAUUUUGAAUAAACGUGAUUUGAAAUGGU